AUGUGCGGCAGAUACGCCCUUGACUGUACAACUGGGCAACUGGACCAACGAUUCCAUGAGUUGGGCUUUGAAUUUGAAAAUGACAGACAGCAGGAUACAACUGGAAUCCAACCUUCCUACAAUGUGGCACCUACCAACACCGCGCCAGUUUACACAAAUUACGGAAAACUGCGGGACAUGAAAUGGGGGCUUAUUCCACACUGGGUAGAGGACAUUUCCAAAUCGCAACCUUACAAGACCUUCAAUGCUCGUUGUGAGAACAUUUCCAGUAGUAAAAUGUGGACAGCGCCUUGCAACUAUAAAAGAUGUGUUGUGCCCGCCAGUGGGUAUUAUGAAUGGCUUACCAAGGGAAAGAAGAAAAUUCCCUACUAUGUAACCCGUAAGGAUCGAGAAAUAAUGUUUCUGGCGGGAAUGUACGACAGGGUAGAGUCCGAGGAUCUGUACACUUUCACAAUCAUCACCGCACCAGCUCCGUCUAACAUGGAAUGGUUACACAGACGGAUGCCCGUGGUCCUGAAUUGGGGUUCAAAAGAAUGGAAUUCGUGGUUGGAUGAGUCCAAGACCCAAUGGAGCCAAAAGGAACUGAAAGAAGUUCUACAAGCCCAAUGCAACGAGGAUGAGCUCGAAUGGUGGCAGGUUAGUUCAGAUGUUGGUAAAGUCUCAAACAACGGAAAGUACCUUGUUGAACCAGCCAAAGCUCCGAUUCGAGACUUGUUCAAAAAGGAGGACAAACUUACCACUUCGCUGGCAAAGCACGAAGAAAGUACCGGAUUUUCUCAUGAGGAGCCUUCGUCUCUUAAGCAUGAGGAUCGGGGAAAGCCAGAUGUCAAAGCUGAGGAGGCCGAAGAAGAAGAGAAGCCAGUUGUUCGCGAACAUGGGCAAGAUGUAGACAAGGGUCUCAACGAACAACUUCCAAAGGUCAAGUCAGAAACCGAGGAUACAAAAGGAAUUGGUGGCCAGAAACGGAAAGCUGGUAAAGGAGAUAUCACGCAAAAACUACGCGCUGCAAAACGUGUGAAGCGCCGCUAG